AUGCAAAUGCCAAGGACUCCACUGCGGCUAUGUUUCACGAGUUUACUGUCGUUCAUCCUCGUGAUGAAACUAUGCCUUGCGGAGUAUUCCAAAGUUGCUACCAACUUCAGAACGUUAGCCAUGCCUGAGGAUGAGGCGGAGGAGAGGUAUUCCAUAAGAGAAGCAAUCGAAUAUGUUCAUCCAACCAAGAUCACCACUGAUGGCAGGUUUGGCGAUUUAAACUACGGUGAUUCCGACGCAUAUAGCACGCAUGGGUUACGACUAUGUCAAAUUAUACAAGCGCAUCAUCUGGAUCACUUAGAUAAUUAUCUAUAUCAGAACUCAUCAACAUUGGAAUGGAUUAUAAAAUCCUGGGAAUAUUUAGCAUAUAGCGCACCUGUAAUUACAGACUGGAAUUGGUGGGUUUUGCAAAUAAGCACACCAAGGUCCCUUUGGCCUGGUCUCUAUCUCUCAAGGGAAAGUAUCAGUAACACGUUGUAUGAUGACUUGAUUCAAAGAUAUUGGACAGAUGCUGAAGUCUGGGAUGUCGCAAACAAAGACGGCAAAAUGUCGGCGUCAAAUCUGGCAAAUAGGGGAUUUCUAGGAUUGUUUGAGGCAUAUUUCCAAGGGGAAACUAUAUUUAGAGACAGAACAAAUGAGGUUAUUCAACUUUUAAGAACAGAGAUAGUUAACAAAAGCUCGUAUCAAGGCGAGGGCAUAGGAGCGGACUAUUGUAUCCACACUCAUAACAUCCACGUAGGACUUUGGGAAGGGCAAUACACUAACUCACAUCUACGACUGAUGAUAUACAACGGUGGAUACGGGGCAGAAUAUCUUAAGAGAUUUGCUCUUAUUCAUAUCCUUCUACAUGAGACUGCUUACAAGGUCGAUGAACUAGUUUUGUCAGAGUUCAUUAACGCUUUCUUGGAGUGUCAUCAAUAUUUGUGCCGUGGGCAGACAUUUGAACCGAGUGUAGUGGGACGUAACAUCGAUGAUAACCAGCGGGUGACUUAUUGGGCAGCUUACGACUCUGUAUACAAGGUUGCAAACAUGCUGUUGAUUCUUGAUUUCCGUAAAGCUGAACUUGAAAACAUACUUUCACGAUAUCAUAACCAUGGGCCAACUAACGAGUCAACAGCCCUUAUAGGUAACAGGGCGUUGUUUGCCUCAGAUAUGAUGGUCCACCACAGACAAGCCUACAUGGCGAGUAUACGAAUGUUUUCCUCUCGCACAGUUAGACCAGAAACGUGGAUCAGUUCCCGCAGAACACAGAAUCCAAAUGGGUAUUUCACGGGAGAUGGUUUCACUACAUUUUUACAAGAUGACCACGAGUUCGGAUCCAGAUACAACGAAGUGUUCCAAUAUUAUGAUUGGGAAAAGAUUCCAGGUACUACGGUUAUAUAUAACGGAUAUGUACCUCAUGAAGGAAUGGAGAGGGUAGGGGACACUCCAAACUUUCCCCAUCAUAUAAGUGAUGCAAACUUUGUUGGUAGUGCCUCGGAUGGAAUGUACGGUGUUGCUGCUAUGGUUUACGAUCGUCCAACAGUUAAUAUAACAUUGAAGAAGUCCUGGUUUUUGUUUGAUAAUGAAAUUGUCUGCCUAGGCAGUGAUUUAUUCCUACGCAACAGUAAUGAUACGAUACCGACAAUUAUCACUACACUGAAUCAAUUGGUUCAAGAUGGUGAAAUUGCGUAUGUGGAUUCAGUUGGUCCUUGGAGGAAUGCAAACAGCGACAUGACAACCAAUGUACAAAAUGCUAAAUGGGUUCACCACGACAAUAUGGGAUAUGCGUUUCCAAAUGAGGCAAAUGUAUAUAUUGAUUCGUAUGAAAAGACAGCAAGUGGUGAACGUUUGAAUGUAACUGCAAUGUGGAUAAAACACGGGCUUGGACCAUAUGCGUAUAUAGUUUAUCCAAAUGUUACUAUUGACCAAUUAGAUAUAAACGUCAAUGCUCCGACUGUAGAGAUCCUUCAGCAAGAUAAAGAUGCUCAUAUUGUAUAUCAAAGAUCUCUUGAUGUACUCUCAAUGAUUGUAUUCACUGCUCCAUUCUUAUUGGAUCACCCGAAUCUCCUCUAUCCAAUUACAGUGAACCAGUCCUGCAUUUUGAUGAUUCGGCACAUUUCGUCAAAUGACAGUCUCUCAAUUACCGUCUCAUUUCCUACACAGUUAUCUGCUGAAAUAAUGAUAACGCUAGGGGUGAGAAUCUCAGGAGAUGACGUACUUCCAAAUGCAAGUGAAAAUACGUAUGGUGUACUAUUUUCUUUCUCGGAUGAGCAAGGUAUAGCUGGAAAAAGUCAAACCAAAACGUAUAGGAUAGUUCAAGAUUCGUCGGUUUCGCCAACACCUGACUAUACAUUUACAAUUAUUUAUGUCACAAUUUCAGUGUUGGUAGUAAUUAUAAUAGUUGUAGUUGUUGCAGUUAUUAUAAAGAAGAAACAUAACAAGGUAACUUUCAUAGUUAAUAAAAACAGUAAAUAGAAGCAGUUUUGAGGUCUUUAGAGGAGAUACAAGUAUGUAAUAUGGUUGCCUAUUUCACAGAAGUUUUAACCAAUUAUCUACAAUGAUGCCGAUAG